UCCCCGAAAAAUAAAUCGUACGUUUCUGCUUAUUUAACAAACUCUAACCUCCCACGAAUCUAAAAAAAGAAGAUGAAGACUCUAACAAUUCUUGUUGCUAUGAUUCUCCUUACAUGCUGUGUCACAUCCCAAAUCUCAGCAAGGUUUUGGGAGUCAACUCCAUCAUUACGUAACGAAGAGCUCCAAUGGUGGUACCACAAGCCACGUUUCCCAUCCCCUAGCGCCGGAAAAGCCUUACCGCCACUCCCGGCCGGCUACUUCCACCCAGUUCCAUUCAAUCCACCACCGGAAGUUGCCAAAUGCUUGUCUGAUUGCAAAGAGGUAAAAACAUGUUUUGCAGAUAUCAGAAAAACAUACUUCACCCGCAAACCCGCUAUUGGAUCGAAUUGUUGCGACGCCAUCGAAAAGAUGAAGGAUGAUUGUGAGAAGACCGUGUUUGGAUCUUUCCAUAACCGUUUUUUCAAUGGCCUUGUUAAACGACAUUGCUCCAACAAAGUUGGGUCAUCACCUGCUCCUUCACCGGCUUAGGGUUUUAUAUUUAUUAGAAUUAGGAGAAUUGAUUUAUUAUGUUUUUUUUUUCAAUUAUGUUUUUAAUUUGUUUUUCAUCACUUUGAUCUUGGUUCGGACUACGGUUCGAAUAAAAACAAUUAAAAAUC